UGUAGUCCCGCGGGGGCCCUGCCCGGCUGCCGCGCCGGGGGCAGCUCCCCAGGUACCUGUGUGUGCCGUGAGAGGCAGGGCGACCGCAUUGUGCACCGCUCCCUGCGGGGUGUUGCAGUGCAGCUGCCUGCUGGCAGCCAAACCAGGAACCGGUGGGAGAAGCAUGAGAGAAAUAGCCAGAUCUGGCUUUUGCUGGGACCUCCAAGUCUGCAGCAAUGUCAACGCUAAGGGAGGAGGGAUGAGGUGGAUAUCCUGAGUGUAAAUUUGUGUUGGAUGAAGUGGAGAUCUGUGGCUUUUCAUUGCUGCGGGAGGGAAGAGCUUGGAUGGCACCUCAUUGAGGAACUGUGAACUUCGAUAGAUGCUGUCUUGGGAGAUGCCUUGUGAAGGCAAGCACAGUUAACGCUGCUGACUUAUAAGAGAUGAACAGGAAAAGGCCUCUGCUGCUUCAGCUUCUCUCUGUCUUCCUUCAUCAGUGUGAUGGAUUUCUCUGACUCUUCAUAAAGCUGAAGUACUAAACUCUGGGACAGCACUUAAGUGUGUUCCAGAUGUCAUUCAAAUAGCUGUGGGAGGUUUAUCAGCUCUUGAGGAGACUUUCCCUUGUGUGCAUGCUUGCACCACUGAAGGCCGGCACUGUGCUGGAGGAAAAUGGAGCUCUCUGAUCUCCUGGCAUUUGUCUCUGCAGAAGUGAACAGUACAACAGUCACCCUGGCUUUACUGGCGGUAUUCGUGGUUCUUCUGUACUGGUAUUCCACUUCAGCCUUCUCCAAACUAAGCAAAGUGGGAAUCAGACAUCCCCCACCUCUUCCCUUCAUUGGAAACCUGCUCUUUUUCCGUGAGGGCUUUUGGGAAAACCACACAAAACUCAUAACGGAGUAUGGACCUAUUUGUGGCUACUAUAUUGGUCGCCAGAUGUUUGUGGUGAUCUCCGCACCGGAGGUGAUCAAGCAAAUCUUAGUGACAGACUUCAGUAACUUCACCAACAGAACUAAGCCAAACUUGAUUUCCAAGCCAAUGCUUGACAGCAUCCUUUGUCUUCGUGAUGAGAGAUGGAAGUAUGUCCGGAGCCUGCUGACCCCAGCCUUCAGUGAUGCCAAACUGAAAGAGAUGGUACCACUAAUAAACCAGGCCUGUGAUGUCUUGCUGAGUAACUUGAAAGUCUAUGCAGAUUCUGGCAGAGCUUUUGAUAUCCAAAGGUGUUACAACUGCUUUACUUUGGAUGUUGUUGGUAGUGUAGCUUUUGGUACUGAGGUGGAUUCUCAGAAGAACCCUGAUGACCCCUUUGUUAAGAAUUGCAGAACAUUCUUUGAAAUGUCUUUGUUUAAGCCUCUUCUUUUUCUAAUCCUUUCUUUCCCAUUCAUAAUGAUCCCAUUGCUUCGGAUUCUGCCAAACAAGAAACAAAAGGAACUGAAUGGAUUUUUUAUUCAAACUAUAAAAAAUGCAAUUGUCUUCAGAGACCAGCAAGAUGCAGCUGAGAGGCGCAGAGAUUUUCUCCAGUGGAUGCUUGACUCCCGCAACUCAGCUGAUGCCUUAGCAGGUGAAUAUUUUGAUAAGACCUGUCCAGCCACCACUUCCAGCCAAAAUGAGGUGCCUCUUGUUGACAAGACCCCAUGUGAAAAGGCUCAGAAGAUGCUAACUGAGGAUGAAAUAGCAGGCCAAGCUUUUCUCUUCCUGAUUGCUGGGUAUGAGACUACCACUAGCACACUGUCCUUUGCCACGUAUUUGCUAGCAACCAACCCGGAGUGCCAGGAGAAGCUGCUUCAGGAGAUAGAUGAGUUCUCAGCAAAACAUAUGGUCACCGAUUAUCAAAAUGUACAGGAGCUGCCCUAUCUGGACAUGGUGAUUGCAGAGACACUGCGCAUGUUUCCACCUGCAUUCAGGUUUACUCGGGAAGCAGCUAAGGACUGUGUGGUGCUGGGACAGCGUAUUCCUGCUGGGGCUGUUAUUGAAACUGCAGUUGGACAUCUCCACCACAACCCAGAAUUCUGGCCAGAGCCAGAGAAAUUCAUUCCUGAAAGGUUUACAGAGGAGGCCAAGAAGGAGCGUCAUCCCUUUGCAUAUCUACCCUUUGGAGCAGGGCCCCGUGGCUGUGUUGGUAGGAAGAUGGGUUUGCUGGCAACCAAAAUGACUCUGCUGAGGAUUUUGCAGAUGUUUCGAUUUAAGACCUGCCCAGAAACUGAGAUUCCUUUGCAGCUGAAAUCAAAAGCCACACUUGGACCGAAAAAUGGAGUCUACAUUAUCCUAGAAUCUCGCUAAAACAGAAUGUACAUCCUGUAACCUCCUAGAAUGGGACCUCUUGUUUAAUGACUCACUGAUUAUUAUUGUUUUUCAAAUACCCAAAGACAGGUAGGAACCUGAGUCCCACUAAAGGUCAGCAGAUGCUGCCUAACUGCCACCCGGUGGGAGAGUUUCAAGUCACUUUUUAUAAUGAGAUGUGGGCUUCACAGUCACUUGAUGAUUUUGAAAUUGCUGUGAAUAAUAUCUGAAAAGCAUGUGACUUUCACUGGCUUUUCUACAUUACACUUCCUUUUACUCAUCUAUAAGAAGGCUUCCUCCACGCUCUAGUUCAAUGGAAGGAGCAGGUGUUAAGUGUACACUAGAUUUACGAUAGGUUUUAAUUACCAUUCAUUAGCUAAUACAUUCUGCUGAUGCACUUAUAAAUCCCUGCUUUAGAAAAGCCCAAGAGACACCACAGUUAUAGCAGAAGAGUUGGAAUCCCAUGCAUUGGAUUUUAUUCUGAACUCUGCUAAAAAUCAAAGCUGAGUCUCCUGCACAGUGCUUAACCUCUCCUUGUUCCUGUAAAGUAGAAAAGGCAGCAUCUUCAUGCUUUUGAAGUGUUUUGAAAUACACUUAAAUUAACAGUUUGCACUUGGCUCAUUGCAUCAACAUGCCUGAAGAGGAAUGAAGAGUUCUCCCAGUUGCCCGUUAGAUUCCAGUAACUAAGACCAAAGAAGUGAGGUGAUAACUAUUUUGUUAGUUAAGAACUGCUCUUGGAAAGGUUGACAAAAAUAAGACAUAAAUUUAAAGGAAGCAAGAGGAUUGGAGAAGCUUUCAGGAUAAUCAGAAGAUGUUGGCAUAAUAGCUGCUUCACUGUUCUGAGGCCUCCCAAGCAUUGCAGUUGACAUCUUUAUCUCAUUGGGUUCUGCAUGCACUAAAGCCAAUGGCCAGGGAGUGGGAUCCAGGAUCAUCAGUCCCAGGAGUCCCAGGAGUUCUUUUGGCUCCUUAUGUGACCCUGCAACAAGUUACGUCCCAAGUGCCUAGUGAUGUUCUGUGCUAGAGGUUUCCUUAAGUACAGCAUUUCGCUUGGUGGGAUGCACAGAGAAGUGUCGUGGCAGCAGUGGGAAGAGACUGACUGCUCAGCUUCCCUGCAGGGAUUGCUGGAAGGAGCCAUCUGUUCACUGAUCCUUAGCUGCAGUUUCUCUCCAGCAAGCACCUUUUGCUGCCUUCUUCCCACAUGCUUCACUUCACACUGAUCAAAUUGCUCUGUCUCAUUCCUGAAAGAUUUUGUCUGUUUUUUUGUGUUUUUUUUUUUUAAUGGGAUUUCUUUUUUUAAUCAGAUCUGUACAGGUAACAUUGAAGUACUGUCCUGGCAAUCAUGGAAUUGUUCCUAUUUAUGUGGAGCAUCUCUGGCAGGCUAACCAGAAAUGUCCUAUUACAGAUAUUGAAUUACUGAUGGAGUGACUAUUAUUUGAAAAGCAACAGAGUGUAUAUGCCUUAAUUUCCACAAGUUAUCCAUCACCUUUUCCUCUUGAAAGCAGUGUAUUGACAGCUGAUUUACUGUGCAGCUUAUAGGUACAAGUGGCAAAAAAGUUGGACAGUCCUUGCCUAAAAACUUCCCACCUACCCCAAAUGAGCAGAAGGCUCAUUUCACAGUCUGAAGAAGUUGGCCAUGAAGGACUUGUUUGGCUCCUCAAUAUUUUUUUUUUAAUUCUAUUUCUUCCUUAUGUAAAUCAGCAGGUCUUUGUGUGCUUUGGUUUUGAAUACUUACUCCAGUGUAAAUGAAAAUUGUGUCUCGCUUCAGCGUGCUUUUGUAUGACCUGUUGUGAUCUGAACACUGCUUAUCUAACCUGCUUAUUGGAAUCCUGUUUGUAUCCUUGGUAUUUAUCUGAGAGCUCCACUCACGUGUAAGACAGCUGAGCAGCUCACAUUGCUGUAGCUAAACAGGACAUUGUCAUCGUGAAGGCCAUGUUAACUCUGCUGGGAGAAAAACAGUACUGCAGUGGACGCAACUGUGCAUCACAUUUUACAGGCUUGGAAAUUGCACUGAGAGUCUUUCCCUGCUGCUUCUAAAUUUAACAGACAGUACACAAGCAACUAAACUCAGCUGAGCUGAUACAGCCACCAGACACUGUACAGCCUUCCUCUGUACCAGGAUGCUUAAUGAUGCUGUUCCUGUCCCGGGCUCAGCAACGUGCUGCCAGAAGAGCAGUGCUGCUCUGGAGUACUGGCAAAAAAUGAGACACGAUACUGCCAGCAGCUCCCAGAAAGAGAAACAGGCAACAGCACAGUAACUGCAGGAAUAAGGAAGCUGAUGUAAGAUAACUUUCUCUCCUCAGUACCUGUUAGUCUGUUGUCUUGUAUUGCUGAGCUGUGGGUAUGUUUAUGUUUAAGGCCUGCUUCACAAGAAGCUCUUUGUCACUCUCAGAGAGGUGAUAUGAAGGAAAGGCUGCUUAGUGAAGGGAAGCAUCUAUUAAAAACAUCUUCUGAGACUUUGCAACGAUUGCUGCAAUUAGUCAGUAUAAAAUAGUAUUUAUAAUGACUGCUGCAAUGAUAGAAAACCUUCAGUUUGUACUUUUGUUAGAUUUUAUACUUCAGUAUACUUGGAGUCAGGCAUUAGAAAUGAUUAUGCUGGGCCAAUUGCAAAUGUGAACGCUUUACUUUAUUUGGCAUUAAACAACAGAAUUUUCUCCAUAUGGGAUACUUUCUUAAAUGAUCGACUGCUCAUUUCCCUUUGUUAAAUGCUAAUUUCAUCUUGGAUGCUACUUCACCUUCUCCUGUGCAUUUACAAUAUGCUGAAAGCAUCCACAGUUGACUCUGGAGCUGUUGAUUUCGCUGCUCUGUUCCCACUGGCUGUGCGCUCCAGACAGUGAUCGGAUGCUAAGAUAUUUGCUCCUUGAACUCCUGGGUGCAAGGCAGGAUGCAGGAUUCCCUCCACUGCUAGGAUUUUGGAAGCAGUGACUCACAGACUAGAUGAGAAAUGCAAGGGUGCUAGUCAGGAGCCAGCUGGAUGUGGCCUGCAAAGCCUACACUUGACUCCAGGUGAGCUCUGUAAGUGAUGAGAUGGGUUGGCCCUGGGAGGCUCCAGACCUCUGUCCUGCCUGGGGCAGAGGCACAGCCCAAACUCUGUGUACUUUCUGCUGACUUGCCGUCUGUCUUGAUGGAACAGACAUGCUACCAGGAUAAGGAAACAAUCUUCACAGCUUGUCCUUCUCCUCAUGCGGUAUGGGAGUGAGCAAGAGGUGGAGAAAGUGAAAGAUGAUGGCAUUUUUCAUCUUCAGUUUCUUUUGUCUUAAGUAGUAAAGAGAGAUCCUUAUCAUUCAUUCAGAAAAGAGGGUCAAUAUCAAUCUUUAUAUAAAGUUUGGAUUUAGGGCAAAUGACUCUGUUUCUAAAUGCAAUCCUAAAAGCUGUA